UCCGACAUCCCAGUCAUCAUCCCCCGGGCACCAAAGCCACGGGUCCGGAGUCGGAUCCGAGCGCAGCGCAGCCCGCACACCCUCGGCCGCUGAGACCCGACCCACCAUGGCAUCACGGCUGCCACUGCUCUGUCUCUACUUUGCCGCCGCACACCUGGCAGAGGCCCGAGAUGUUCAGGAGCCCACAGCAGCUGCCUGGGGCCUGCAGAGACACAUGCUGCACCCCAGCCAGCCCUCGCCAGCCCUGGAGGACUGGGAAGAGCCCAGCGAGUGGACAUCCUGGUUCAAUGUGGACCACCCGGGCGGCGACGGCGACUUCGAGACCCUGGCCGCCAUCCGCUUCUAUUACGGGCCCGCGCGCGUGUGCCCGAGGCCCCUGGCGCUCGAGGCGCGCACCACAGACUGGGCGCUGCCGUCGGCGGUGGGCGAGCGCGUUCAUCUGAACCCCACGCGUGGCUUCUGGUGUCUCAACCGCGAGCAGCCACGCGGCCGCCGCUGUUCCAACUACCACGUGCGCUUCCGCUGUCCGCUCGAGGUCGUGUGGACUGCGUGGGGGCCGUGGGGUCCCUGCUCCGGAAGCUGCGGACCAGGCCGUCGCUUGCGUCGCCGCAGCUGCCCAGGCCCGGGUGAGGACGCGUGUCCAGGGCGGGGUGUGGAGGCCCAGAAGUGCGUGAGGCCUCGGUGCCCAGGAUGCAGCCCUGACACCUGUGGGUGCCCUGACCACAUCCUCCUGGGGUCUGUGGUAACCUCAUCUGGGCGACCACUGUCAGGCGCCAGGGUUUCCCUGUGGGGUCGGCCUGGCACUGUGGCCACCAGCGAUGAACAUGGAGCCUUCCAGGUGCCAGGGGUCUGUGCCAGUAGCCAGGCCAACAUGAGUGCCCGGGUGGACGGCUUCUCUGUGGGUGUGGCCCAGACUCGAGCCAACAGCUCCAGCUCCUCAGUGGCCACCAUUGUCCUGGAUAAGUUGAGGAAACCCUACCUGGUGAAGCACCCUGAGUCCCGAGUGCGAGAAGCUGGACAUAAUGUGACUUUCUGCUGCAAAGCCACAGGGAACCCUGUUCCUAAGAGAUACUCAUGGUUCCACAAUGGGAGGAUGCUGGCCAGGCGGGAGCUUGGGUCUGGUGCCCACUUGGAGCUCAGUGGGCUCAGUGCUGAACAGGCGGGUGUCUACCACUGCCAGGCGUGGAGCCAGGCGGGCACUGUGCGCUCUGGCACUGCACAGCUCACCGUGCUAGCCCCGGGCCAGCCAGCGUGCGACCCCCGCCCCCAAGAGCAUCUCAUCAGACUCCCCAACUACUGUGCCCGGCCAGGCAGCAAUGGCUCCGCCUACCUGGAUGUGGGCCUCUGCCCCGCCAGCACCUGCCCGGGGCCUGUGGGCACCGGCACCCGCUGCGGGGAUGCGGGCUCACGCUGCUGCACUGUGCGCCGUCUGGAGAGCCGGGAGAUUCGCUGCACCGGUGUCAUCCUGCCCGUGAAGGUGGUGACCCAGUGCGGCUGUCAGAAGUGCCUGCCCCGGCGGGGGCUCCUCCGGGGCCGAGUGGUGGCUGCUGACUCAGGAGAGCCCUUGAGCUUUGCCAGGAUCCUCCUGGGCCCUGAGGCCAUCGGCUUCACCUCCUACCAGGGCGACUUCACCAUCGAGGUGCCCCCCACUACCGAGCGGCUGGUGGUGACCUUUGUGGACCCCCGCGGCGAGUUUGUGGACACUGUACGGGUGUUGCCUUUUGACCCUAGGGGGGCAGGCGUGUACCAUGAGGUCCGGGCCCUGCGGAAGAAGGCAGCUGUCCUGCUGGACGCCAGCCAGAGCAACAUGAUCCCUCUGGGGGACCUGGAGGAUGAAGGUCCCAUUGCUGAGCUGGUGCUGCCCCCUGGCUCCAUCCGGGCCUCCGACGGCAGCCCCUACACAGGGACCGUGGAGGCCAGGGUGACCUUCGUGGACCCCAGAGACCUGGCCUCAGCAGCAGCUGCCCCCAGUGACCUACGCUUUGUGGAUGGAAAUGGCGAGCUGGCCCCGCUGCGCACCUACGGGAUGUUCUCGGUGGACCUGCGUGCACCAGGCUCCGCGGAGCAGCUACACGCAAGCCCUGUGACCGUGCACGUGGCUGCAGACCAGAUCCGCAUGGCCGGCCAUGCUGAGGCCCUCCGGCUGUGGUCACUGGAGCCCGAGACUGGCCUGUGGGAGGAGGAGAGUGGCUUUGAGCCCCAGGUCACCCCGGGCCUCCGUGUGCGCCGUGAGGAGCGCGUGUUCCUGGCGGGCAACAUGGAGAUCCGCGAACGGCGUCUCUUCAACCUGGACGUGCCUGAGCACCGCCGCUGCUUCGUGAAGGUCCGGGCCUACGCCAAUGACAAGUUUGUGGCCAGUGAGCAGGUGGAGGGCGUGGUGGUGACGCUGGUGAACCUGGAGCCCGCACCCGGCUACUCCGCCAACCCCCGCGCCUGGGGCCGCUUCGACAGUGCUGUCACUGGGCCCAAUGGCACCUGCCUCCCAGCCUUCUGUGACCAGGACCAGCCCGAUGCCUACACAGCGCUGGUUACUGCCACCAUGGGGGGCGAGGAGCUGGAGGCUGCGCCCUCCAAGCCCCAGCCUCUGCCGGCCACCGUGGGUGUCACACAGCCCUACCUGGACCGGCUGGGCUACCAGCGCACGGACCAUGACGACCCAGCCUUCAAGCGUACUGGCUUCCGCAUCAACCUGGCCAAGCCCCGGCCUGGGGAACCCAGCGAGGCCCAUGGACCGGUGUACCCAUGGCGCAGCCUGCGCCAGUGCCAGGAUGCCCCGGUCACUGCCAGCCACUUCCGCUUCUUCCGCGUGGAGUCAGACAAGUACGAGUACAACGUGGUCCCCUUCCAGGAGGGUGCGCCCGCCUCCUGGACCAGCGAUCUCCUGUCCUGGUGGCCCAACCCGCAGGAGUUCCGAGCCUGCUACCUCAAGGUGAAGGUGCAGGGCCCCCAGGAGAUGGUGGUGCGCUCCCACAAUGCGGGGGGCAGCCACCCCCGCACCCAGGGCCAGCUCUAUGGCCUCCGGGAUGCCCGCAGCGUGCGCGACCCCCUGCGCCCCAACACCUCGGCCGCCUGCGUGGAGUUCAAGUGUGGCGGGAUGCUCUUCGACCAGCAGCAGGUAGACAGGACGCUGGUGACUGUCACCCCCCAGGGCAGCUGCCGCCGAGUAGCUACCAACAGGCUCCUGCAGGAUUACCUAGCUCGGCACCCGCCGCCUGCGCCUGUAGAAGACCCAGCCACCUUUGCCAUGCUGGCGCCCCUGGACCCUCUGGGUCACAACUACGGCAUCUACACGGUCACAGACCAGAGCCCCAGGCUGGCCAAGGAGAUCGCCAUUGGCCGCUGCUUUGAUGGCUCCUCCGACGGCUUCUCUAGGGAGAUGAAGGCUGAUGUAGGCACCGCUGUCACCUUCCAGUGCCGUGAGCCGCCGGCCAGGCCCAGCCUCUUCCAGCGGCUGCUGGAGGUGCCUGCAUCUGAGGUGCUGAGCGACCUCCGCAGGGAGAUGGGUCGGGUGAUGGCUCGGUCCCCGAGUGCCCCCCAAACACUCCAGGGCCAGUGACAGGGGCUGAGCUCCCCCACAGUCUGGCCCCAUUCCUCCGAAGAGGUCCCCUGCCCGGUCUAUGGGGACCCUUGAGAGUCAAGGAGGGAGGAGGGUGCACGCUGAGGCCCUGUGAGCAGAGCAUCCUUCAGGUUUGCCUGGAGCAGGGGGAGAUGCACAGCCCAUGCAGGGCUGCGCCCUUGGCCUGUUCACCACCAGGGUGGCCUGAGCUUUGUUCUGGGGUUAUUUAUUAAAAUAAAAUGGGGGGCUGCUUGUGGGGUACAUGAGGGCCAGGCUGGGCCCUGCAGGAGAGGAGGGAUUUCUGGGGGUCCUCAUGCCAGGGCAGCUCUGUGGCUGGGCAUCCUGUGUUUGGUGUUGGAGGCCCUAGGGUAUCAGGGUGGGGCGGGGUGCUCAAUUAAAGAUGCUUUGUGUCCA